AACCUUUUCGCCGCUUUUAACGACGAAAAAGGUGAGAGAUCACUUCCAGACACCGCCUAACCCGCUGAACCAGCAGCAGGCACGAGUGCACUCGCAAUCACACCCGCAGACGCUGUAUAAUAACAGUGUUUCCAGCACCACCGCCAACAAGAACCACAUUCUGCCGCUGCCGAACUUGUAUGCCCACCAGUCGUCCCCGCAGGACGGCCGAGGUAUCAGCACGUUGUUUCACGACGAGCCAAUACAGCAGAAAGGUGAGGCGAGCUCGAACAACGGGGGCCUCUCGAACAAGUCGAGCAUCGAGAAUAAUCUCAGCAGUCUAGGCAGCAGCAACAAUAACAAGGACAGCGGCGACAGCCAAAAUGAGGGCAGCGGGCAACAACAACAACAACAACAACAACAUCCACAAUCCUGAAUCCUCGACGAUAUUUGACAUAAAUACUCCAUUGACGCAAGCCGACAAACUACGGCUCUGGAGACACGAUGCGCUUUUGCAGCACCAUUACAAGACAGCCAUAUAUAUAGGCGAUAAGGUUCUUUCUCUGACAAAUGACCCCAAUGACGCAUUCUGGCUAGCCCAGGUUCACUAUGCCUCGUCUAACUACCAAAUAGCUAGAAACUUGUUGCUGGGUCCAAAUUUCGAGGCCUCUGUUGGCUGCAGGUACUUGGCGGGAUUAUGUCUUAUCAAGUUGGAGAAGUUGGAUGAAGCGUUGGAUAUAAUAGGAGAGGUGAACCCGUUCAAGAAGGACCAUUCGAUUCGGAACCCAGAUGGUGGAAUCAAACUAGAGGCCUCGAUGUGCUAUUUACGAGGCUUGAUCUAUGCUAAACAGAACAAUUUCGAAAGAGCAAGAGACUGUUUCAAGGAAGCAGUUCUUGUCGAUGUCAAAUGUUUUGAGGCUUUUGACGAACUGAUUUCCAAUCAUUUGCUCACCCCGAACGAAGAAUGGGAUUUGUUGCAAUGUUUGAAUUUUGAUGAUGCAGAUAACAACAAUGAGCUCGUGAAAAUGUUAUAUACAACCCACAUCAACAAGUACAAAAACUUGAAUUUAUACGAGGAUGCAAAGCAAAGGCUCAAAGAUGAAUACGAUUUGGGAGACAACAUAGACAUCUUAUUGAGUGAAGCUGAAUUGUAUUUUAUCAAGUGCAAAUUUCAGGAAUGCCUAGCCUUAUGUACCAAGAUUAUUGAAAGAGAUGAACUAAACAUAUCGGCCCUAUCAAACUAUUUAAGCUGUCUCUAUGAAUUGGGUGGUAAAAAUAAGCUUUUUCUUAUGGCUCAUAGACUAGCGGAGAACUAUCCCAAUCAUUACAUAACGUGGGUUGCCAUUGGGAUUUACUACUUUGCCAUUAAACAGAUAUCCGAAGCAAGGCUUUUCUUCUCCAAAGCUUCGAUAUUGAAUCCAAAUUUUGCAUCUGCUUGGAUAGGUUUUGCACACACAUUUGCUGCAGAUGGUGAGCACGAACAAGCAAUCAGUGCAUAUGCGACUGCUUCUCGAUUAUUCCCGGGUACUCACUUGCCGAAUCUAUUUCUUGGCAUGCAAUAUUUGCAGAUGAAUAAUUACACAUUGGCAUGGGAAUAUUUGAACUACUCUUAUGCGAUCUGCCCAACAGAUCCUCUUUUACUAAACGAAAUUGGUGUUUUAAACUAUCACAAAAGCGAGCUUCAGAAGGCGGAAGUAUAUUUAUGUCGAGCUCUUGUCGCUUCAAAAUCCUUAGAAUAUGGCUCCAAGGCCUGGUGUUCAAUCCACUGUAACUUGGCCCACGUGUACAGGAGAAUGAGUUUGUAUGAUAAAUCUAUCAGCCAUUUCAACGAAGUACUAAAAAUUGCCAAAGAUGACGUUAACAUAUAUUCCACAUUGGGUUUGAUCAAUUUAAAGCUUGGAAAGAUUGCAAACGCAGUGGAGUAUCUUCACAUUGCAUUAUCGAUUCAGCCGAAUGAUCCCAUGGCUACCGAUUUACUCGAUAAAGCACUUGAUUUGAACAUUCGUGUGGCAAAUAAGAAAUUUCUCAGUGAGUCCUUGAAUACACCAAACAAGAUUAAGAAGCCUAACUUUCAUAAUACGAUAAGCAAUUUCUCUGAAGUUCUGAAAUCGUUAGGUAGCGGAUCUAAGAAAGAUGGACGGAAAUUGGAAGGAUCGAUACCCAAAGGUAAAAACUAUAUAGAUAUAGUUGACGAUGAAGAUGAGAUCAUGGAUAUUGAAAGCGAGUAAAGCUUAAUUCUCAAGGCUUUAUUUUUGAUGCUCUUUUAUAAAAAUUGUUUAUAUACAACUUUAAUUAUAAUAACAACCCCA